UCUGAUACCAUGUUAAAUUAUCACCUCACCUAAAAGCUUAAGCUGUUAGGUUGUGGGCCAACAAUAUGUACCAACGUUUUACUCUCCCGUCAACCCCCAAACGUUGCAAAAUAGGGUCCAAUGUGUGUGUAAGGAGUGACUUCAUUGAGUUGGAGGGCACUGUAAGACCCAAAGGAAGCACAAGAAUUGAGUCACUUUGGUGGUGUAAAAAAAGCUUAAUAAUGGUAGUUCUAAUUAGGGCUGCAAACGAAUGGCUCGGGAGCUUGGCUCGGUAAGGGCUCGUUCAGUAUCUUAAUGAGCAAUUCUCAAGCCCAAUUUUCAGGCUUGGUUCAUAAACGAUGGAGAUACCUCGGAUUGAGUUAUUUAGGUUCUCACAUCAGAUUCCUGCUUUUGCAUUGACGGAGAAGGAUGGCUGUAGCUGUUGGGAACUUGAUCCUGCAUCAAUUCCAGGUAAGGAAGAGCUUAAAGGGAAAGGAAGCAGUCCUCGUGGACAAAGCUUGCCAAACAGAGAAAGCAAAACCCCAGAAUGCAAGUUGAAUGGAGAAGCAGCAAUGGAUUACGAUGAUGAAGAUUCCAAUGUUGAUGAUAAUUCUGAAUCACAACCUGAGUUUUAUCAAUCGUUUUAUUGAUCUCUUGAUCCAGAAUUCAGUGAUUUUGAUAGGUGUAAGGCAGAUGGUUGUUUUUCUGUUGAUCAGUUAUGGGCUAUUUAUGAUACAGUAGAUGGCAUGCCAAGAUUCUAUGCACGAGUAAGGAGAGUUUUUUCACCUGGAUUCAAGCUACGGAUUACUUGGCUAGAGCCUAAGCUGGAUGGCCAUGAUGAGAUUGAUUGGGUCAACAAGGAUUUGCCUGUUGGUUGUUGUGAAUAUGGCCAUGGGAAAUCCCUUAUAACAACUGAUCGUCUAAUGUUCUCUCAUCAAGUUCAAGGUGGAAAAAGCAGUGGCAAAUGUUCUUAUGUGAUAUAUCCUAGAAUGGGGGAAACCUGGGCCCUCUUUAAGAACUGGGAUAUUAGAUGGAGCUCCAUUUCUGAACACCAUGGAAAUUUCAAAUUUGAGAUAGUUGAGGUUCUUUCAGAUUUUAAUGACAAUGAUGGCAUUGUAGUUGCUUACUUGGACAAAAUUAAAGGUUUUGUGAGUCUGUUUCAGAAAACAAGACGAGAAGGGAUUGUGUUGUUUAAGAUACCCUCGAAAGAGCAUUUUCGAUUUUCCCAUCAAAUUCCUUCAGUUAGAAUGACUGGCACAGAAAGAGGUGGUGUUCCAGUAGGAUCUUUAGAACUUGAUCCUGCUGCUUUACCUGCUGAUUUGAAUGAGUUUGAACUUGAUAGUGACGUGAAGAUGAAGAGAAAAGUCCUGGAUUCCAAGCUCACUGGAGAGUGGUGAGUGUGUCCUUGUUCUUUGGAGGUCUUUUAAAAAUUUGUAUUAUUUUUGGUUGACUGCUUUUGGCAAGGUUUUGGAAGCGCAAGGACAUGGGGAAAUUAUGGUGGUUUGCAGAUUUUUCUGUUCUUUGAUGGUUUGGCAAGAGAAGAAUGCUUCCCCACACCUUUUUAAAAAAAAAAAAAAAAAUUGUAAUCAUGCUUUUGUCCUUUUAAUUUGAUUUUGGGCAGGAUUGUCUCUUUUUUUUUUUCCUUUGAUUUUUUUUUUUCUUCAAGUUGUUCUGGCCCUGCAAGUUUCUCUGAUCUUCGGCUUAUUGGAUGCUUUGCGAGCCUUUGCGAGCCUGCUUUUCCUUUCUGAUUUUCUCUUGUGCCUAUUUGUUCUUCUUUCUUUUGGCCUUCUGUUUUGUUUUAAGAGGAUUUCUUAUCCUCCUUGUAUAUUCAUUCUUCUCUUAAUAAAAUUUCUUGUUUAAUCCAAAAAAAUAUAGUGGCAAGGUUAGGAUUUAAUUCAAAUCCACAAAUAGGGCAAGGUAGUGAAAUAUAAUACAAUUAUGUAAUUGUUUUUA